AUGAGUAGUAGUGCUACCUACCACAUCGUUAGGUUAUCGGUGAAUAAACUGGUGCACUCCCCAGACAUUUCUGGUGAGACAAAAACUAUUAACCUAUCUAUCUAUCUAUCUAUCUAUCUAUCUAUCUAUCUAUCUAUCUAUCUAUCUAUCUAUCUCCUUCUGUUCUUUAUCUAUUAUCUAUCUAUCUAUCUAUCUAUCUAUCUAUCUAUCUAUCUAUCUAUCUACAUAUGUCUUACUAAGAAAUCUAUCUAUCGAUCGAACUUUGUUCAUAUAUAUUUAUGUGUCUAUCAAUCUUUGUUCAUAUCUAUCUAUCUAUCUAUCUAUCUAUCUAUCUAUCUAUCUAUCUAUCUAUCUAAGUUUGUUCAUAACAUUCUUCAUAUCUAUCUCUAUAUCUUUGUUCAUAUCUAUCAAUCGAACUUUGUUCAUAUAUAUUUAUCUCUAUCGAUCUUUGAUCCUAUCUAUCGAUCUAUAUUCAUAUCUAUCUAUCUAUCUAUCUAUCUAUCUAUCUAUCGAACUUUGUUCAUAUAUAUUCAUCUGUCUAUCCAUUUUUGUUCAUAUCUAUCUAUCUAUCUAUCUAUCUAUCUAUCUAUCUAUCUAUCUAUCCCAGUCCCUAUCUAUCUAUCUAUCUAUCUAUCUAUCUAUCUAUCUAUCUAUCUAUCUCUCUUUGUUCAUAUCUAUCUAAAUUUGUUCAUAUCUAAGUUUGUUUCAUAUCUAUCUAUCUAUCUAUCUAUCUAUGUAAGUUUGUUCAUAACAUUGUUCAUAUCUAUGUCUCUAUCUUUGUUCAUACCUAUCUAUCGAACUUUGUUCAUAUAUAUUUAUCUGUGUAUCGAUCUUUGUUCAUAUCUAUCUAUCUAUCUAUCUAUCUAUCUAUCUAUCUAUCUAUCUAUCUAUCUAAGUUUGUUCAUAUCUUUGUUCAUAUCUAUCUCUCUAUCUUUGUUUAUAUCUAUCUAUCGAACUGUGUUCAUAUAUAUUUAUCUGUCUAUCGAUCUUCGUUCAUAUCUAUCGAUCUAUAUUCAUAUCUAUCUCUGUCUAUCUAUCUAUCUAUCGAACUUUGUUCAUAUAUAUUCAUCUGUACAUCCAUUUUGUUCAUAUCUAUCUAUCUAUCAAUCUAUCUAUUUAUCUAAUUUGUUCAUAUCUAUCUAUCUAUCUAUCUAUCUAUCUAUCUAUCUAUCUCUACUUGUCUUUUCCUAUCUAUUUAUUUAUCUUUAG